CCUCAGCCGGCGGCUGGUGGCAGCGGCUGCUCCGUGAGAGCCUGGGACCCGCCACCAUGUCGGGAGGAGGCAGCGCCGGGGAGUGGUGUCUGAUGGAGAGCGACCCGGGCGUCUUCACUGAGCUCAUCAAGGGCUUUGACCCGUUCAUGGGCUGAUCUUCCUCUUCAAGUGGCAGCCGGGAGAAGAGCCAGCAGGCUCUGUUGUUCAGGAUUCCAGACUAGACACAAUAUUUUUUGCUAAACAGGUAUGAUAUGGUCCUCUAUUUGGGGGCUCAGAACUCUGGAUGAUCUUACAUGCCAUUUGAGCUAGGAUACCUAGGCACAAUGAGGUAAUAAACAAUGCUUGUGCUACUCAAGCCAUAGUAAGUGUGCUGUUAAACUGUAUCCAUCAAGAUAUCCAUCUAGGAGAGACACUAGCAGAAUUUAAAGAAUUUUCACAAAGUUUUGAUGCUGCGAUGAAAGGUUUGGCACUAAGCAACUCUGAAGUGAUUCGGCAGGUUCACAACAGUUUUGCCAGACAGCAAAUGUUUGAGUUUGAUGCAAAGUCAUCAGCAAAAGAAGAAGAUGCAUUUCACUUCGUAAGCUAUGUUCCUGUUAAUGGAAGGCUAUAUGAACUAGAUGGACUAAGGGAAGGACCAAUUGAUUUAGGUGCCUGUAAUCAAGAUGAUUGGAUCAGUGCUGUCAGGCCUGUCAUAGAGAAACGAAUACAAAAAUACAGUGAAGGGGAGAUAAGAUUUAAUCUUAUGGCCAUUGUGUCUGACAGAAAAAUGAUAUAUGAGCAAAAGAUAGCAGAACUACAGCAGCAACUUUCAGAGGAAGAGCCAAUGGAUACAGACCAGAGUGGUAAUAUGUUAAGUUCUCUUCAGUCAGAAGUUGCAAAAUAUCAGAUGUUAAUUGAAGAAGAGAACCAAAAACUAAAAAGAUACAAGAUUGAAAAUAUUAGAAGAAAACAUAACUACCUGCCUUUCAUCAUGGAAUUGUUAAAAACUUUAGCAGAACACCAACAGUUAAUACCACUGGUAGAGAAGGCAAAAGAAAAACAGAAUGCCAAGAAAGCUCAGGAGGCCAAGUGAAGACAAUUUUGGAUGAAAAAUAUAUACAAUAAUGUGCUUCUGACCUUGUUUUCAUGAAACAAGCCUACAAGACUUUUCCAUAAACUUUAAAUUUGUCCAGCGCACGUUUGGCAAUUGUAACAGUUUGUCUUGUAUCGUAUGUACGGGUCUAUAAAUCUCCUCCCCUUGCAUCAUGUGCAUGUAGUACCUACUAAGUAAUGUUUAGAGUCUCUUGAUCAAAUUUCCAUUAUUUAACGGUUGUAUCUGAUCAAUUCCUCAUAGCUCAUUGGGAAGUAGAACCGCCAUUGUUAUAGAUCUGAAAAUGUGCAAAUAAUGUACCCAUAUAUUUUAAUCUCUUCCUAAUGAAAAUAUUUACACCUUAUCCCAUGUUAAUGGACUUGGAUUUCUAAUGGUGCAGAGAAUGUCAGAAUUUUAAAAUAACAGUUGGGCUUUCUCUGUUCAUCACCAUUAACAGUUGUUAUAGUCUCUGACUCUUCACCAACUUCCCCCAUGUCUUUGUUUUUAUGAACUUUGACUAAUUUUUUACAGAGUUGAAAAGUAUGAAUUUAGCUGUAAACCACUUGCAAAGACCAAUGUGUAAUCUCAAAAGAUCUGCAUUGCUUUAGUAGAAAAGAUAAUAAAUAAUCCCAUUUUUAUUUUGGCAAA